ACAGAGGAAUUCCCCAAGAAAAUAAGUAAGUUGUUUGGUGUUUUACGUACUGAAAAACACUUGGAUUUAUAUAGAUUAACUUGACUCAAUCCCCAAAGAAGCGUUGUGUGCAAGGACAACCGCAUUAUACCAUGCAUGGCUGCGAAAUCGUCGAUGUCUACAUUCGUUCGUAAAAUCAGUGACCUGUACCAAUUGUUUACAACCGACGGAUACUCGGUAAGCAUAUACAUGCUUGUUCCGGAGAACGUUUAAGUGUUGUAUCUGAAUGCCGAGUUGAAUUUGUGUUGUUAGCUGAAAAUUGAACGAAUUGAAGCGAAAAGGAUGUGUUAAACGAGACUGUGUCUGUUUACAAAAGUCACGUGACCGAAAGAUGUCAACAUAGUGCAUUGGAAGUUCGCAUGUGAGGAGAUUCGCUUUGUAUUUAGGUAACAGAGGUUCAUCAGCGGAAUUAUUUAAUGUCACUGAACUUUCUAAUGUUAAUUUCUUCGGAAUCAGCGGAGGUACUGUUACCAAUCCUCGCCAUCUGGAUUUAUUUCUGGCAGCCGUCCAACGCCACCUACCCACCUUCCUUAUAGUUCAUUUGGGAGGAAAUGACCUGGACAGUGAGGAAGACAAUUCCGAGUUAGUUAUGUAUAAACUCGUGGCAUUCUUGUAAACUCUCCAGAACCGCUUUUCCAUACGGAGAAUAACUGUCGUUAAACUCUUACCAAGGGAACGGACCAGGCACAUCAGCCCUGCAGCAUAUAAUGCUCAUGUUGUGAAUGCUAAUAGAAUUCGAAAGGAACAGUGUGCCACAUGUAGUCUCGUUUACUGGCGCUUACGUGGGUUUACGAACAGCGUUGCCAAUAUUUAUUCGGAUGGUGUACACAUGAACUCUAUGGGGAUGCGGAAGUAUUUCCGCCAACUGAGAGGGAUUCUGUUGUCUCAGCAAACUUUCUUAUCUACGCUAUCAUCUUCAGCUAUCUAAAAGUUUACACUGGUUUUGCUUUGAUCUUUGCAGUUCCUAAAGGAUGGCAUCAAAACCUAAGAGGAAGAGAGCAUCAAAACCUGCUCCCCCCUCUCCUGUGCUAUCAACUUCUCCUACCAUACCAUCAACAGUUCCCGUAUCGACACAGAGCUCCAUCUUGAUUACACCUUCCUCACCACCAAUUGAACAUCUGGUGGACACUUGCAUGGCAGCUAUUUUACCAAAGUUGAAAGAAACCAUCACCUCCCUGAUCAAAGAUGCCCAAUCACCUACAAACCAGAUAGCAACUGCCAACCCUGGGCCAUCCCAGUCACCUGAACCACAACUACCUGAGCCACAGUCAUCAGCAUUGCAACACAUUACUGGAGACACCUCAGCUACAGAUUCAACAAUUCAAAGCCAGCUUUCCGAAGAUGGACAUGGAAAGUACCUCAGUUCCAAAGACUUCUCUUCAUCUCUGAGGAGCACAGCAGAUUUCCUGAUCAGCACCUCAUUGUCCCAAGAUUCGCUGAAUUCAUACAAAAACAUUUUUUCCCGAUACAAAGACUUUAUUAAACUACAUAUUCAUCCAAAUCAAAAUCCACUUCCACCAUCACUAGACCAUUUACUUCUAUGUAUUGCAUAUUGUUACCGCCAGAAUCUCGCAGCCAGUACCACCAAAACCCACAUUUCUGCAUUGAGUUUUACUUUUAAACUCGGGAACUAUCAGGAUUUAACACAACACUUUCUCGUAAAAAAGCAACUACUGGGCUUCAACAAACUCAGCCCUUCCACUGACACCAGGCUGCCCAUCACACGUUCAAUUCUGACAAAAUUAAUUCAUGUCCUACCUCAUAUUUCCAACUCUGCUUUUAUCAGAAUAAUGCUUCAUUCAAUGUUCCUUUUGGCAUUUUAUGCAUUCCUUCGGAUUGGAGAAUUGACAAAAACUGGCAGCGUAAAACAACACUAUAUAUUGGCUAAACACUUGAAAUUUAUCACAAAUGACCAGUCAGAAAAUUGCAUUGAACUGACAAUCCCCCACGGCAAACAUUCCAAUAAAUCUGCCAUCUUGCAAAUUCCACAAAAUCCCAAUGAACUGUUAUGCCCUUAUAAAGCCUGCAAAAAAUUUUUAUCCUUGCGAGCUCACCAUUCUCUGAAUGAGGCGUUAUUUUCAUUCAUGGACAGCAUACCAGUGUCACGAAAAUUUUUCACGGACCAUCUGCAGUUGGCUUUUUCAGCUUGUGGGGUUCCUAGGAAUCUUUAUCAGGCUCACAGUUUUCGAAUUGGGGCGGCUACAGCAGCAGCAGAGUCUGGUUGGUCGGAUACUCAAAUCCAGUAUAUGGGACGCUGGAAGUCAACAGCAUUUAGAAAGUACAUCCGAAUUCCGGUUCUUAAACUCUAAUUUAGUGUGUUGAUAAGUUUCGGACCUUUGUGUUUAUUUCUCUUCCUGUGGUUCCUUGAAGUCAGGAGCUUCUGGUCCACCUCCAUCUUUGUACAUAUCGCAUAUUACCUCACCAUCAGGAUCACGAAGUCAGGAGCUUCUGGUCCACCUCCAUCUUUGUACAUAUUGCAUGCUUAUGCACCAUCAGGAUCACGAAGUCAGGAGCUUCUGGUCCCUGUGCAUUAGCUGUAUCACCGAGUCUGUAUCCCCCUCUUCGUCAAUGGAGUCAGGAGCGUCUUGUCAUAUCUUGUUUCCAUUUUUUAUGAUGGGGCAGAUCAAAACAGUAAACUGUUAUGAUCGGUGGCGGAUGUGCCCCAUCUUUUCAAUCACAUUCUGUAUAUUAUGUAAGAAUAUUGAGCCUACUUCAGAGAAAUACUUUAUUAUGUACAUCACAUUUUUGAUAAAUAUUGCAUAAUGGUUUGAGAACUAU